AAAGACCUGCAGGCCAUGAGGACUGGCCAACGACAGAACAAAGGGAUGAGGACUCGACUGGGAUGCCUGUCUCACAAGUCAGAUUCGUGUAGUGAUUUCACGGCGAUUCUUCCUGACAAACCCAACCGUGCUCUCAAGAGAUUAUCCACAGAAGAAGCUACGAGGUGGGCCGAUUCCUUUGAUGUGCUUCUCUCUCAUAAGUAUGGAGUGGCUGCCUUCCGUGCUUUCUUGAAGACAGAGUUCAGUGAGGAGAAUCUGGAGUUCUGGCUGGCCUGUGAAGAGUUCAAGAAGACCAGAUCAACUGCAAAACUGGUCUCCAAGGCCCAUAGGAUCUUUGAGGAGUUUGUGGACGUGCAGGCUCCGCGAGAGGUAAACAUUGACUUCCAGACCAGAGAAGCCACGAGGAAGAAUAUGCAGGAGCCGUCCCUGACUUGUUUUGACCAAGCCCAGGGAAAAGUACACAGCCUGAUGGAGAAAGACUCUUAUCCCAGGUUUCUGAGGUCCAAAAUGUACUUAGAUUUGCUGUCCCAAAGCCAGAGGAGGCUCAGUUAG